ACGUAUAAUAUCCAACAGAGCACACCAAUGCUGACUUUCGUUCACUAAAUUACCUGAUGGUCAAUAUUAACCUUUGUAGCUUGCUGACGCUAGCUUACGUUAGAAAUGAACAUUGCGUGUUGGUUAACAUUAACUUACCUACCACAAACACACGGCCGCAAAACCACCACCACCGCUUUCUCACACUGUAGACAUUUAUCACCAAUUUCUCAGCUACACCUAAGACAUUUAACGUUGCUGUUGAAACAACAAACAUAUGAUUUUACGAACCGAGCGGUACAGCUAACCGCUAACUAGCUCCCUUACGGCUGGCUUGACAUCCGCUACGCAAGCUCAAUCGACUGAGGCAUCAGCUGAGCUGCCUGAUUUCCUCCGGUAGCCAUAAUAAAUGCACAUUUCCAGAGUUACAACAUCCGGUUGUGUUUGCGUCCAUAGUUACCAGUAUCUGUUGAUACCAAUACGUGGUUGUACUUAGCCAACAGCUAUUUAAUAAUUGCAAAUACUUUGCUGUCGUUAUAUAUAUACAGCUUAAGCGAAUCACGCUAUGGAAAUUACCAGAGGUAGUUUAGAUGAUAUUUCCCGACCUGCAUCGAGUGAGCAAACAGGUAGCCGUGUGUCGAGCGUGUCAUUGCCUCAUGGUGACAGAAUUAUUCCUACAACUCCAUUUGCCCUUGUUGUUUUGACCAACGAUGCUGCUGAUGUGCAGCUCCAGAGCAGCUGUGAAGAAACUAUAAUCAACUCCUCAGCCAGAGGUCCUGACAAAGGUCAGUGUCAGGUUGAAGUUGCUGAUGAAGAGAAGGAAUAUUUAAAACUACAGAAAGCCAUUGAGGAAAUGAGACGGCUUGAUGAAAUACUGUCUGCAAAGAUCUGCAAAGAAAAUGAAGUCAAGCGUCAAAGGAAAGAACUACAAGCAAAACUCUGGCAAGAGUUCCUGGUAGACAUAGACAGUCAGAAUAAGCCUGAAGGUCACUGUGAAUGUGCCCAUGAAGCUUUGAACACAAGGUUGUUUUUGGCCCUGGAAGCACCCACUGGAACAGAAGAAGAGCAAGAGUUUGUGCCCGUGUUUGAAACUCAGGUUCCUGAUUGUGAGCACAACAGAGAUGGCCAAUACUUGGAGCAAAGUGAAAAGAGGCCAGACAGCUCAACAGAAUCAUUUGAAGUAGGCCAUGAGGAGAACAGGGAAGAGCAAUUUGAAGGCAGCCACUGUGGAGUUUCCAGAAGCAAGACAAAACAGAAGGACUUUGUCAAGAGAAAUAUUGAGCUAGUAAGCGGUGAGGGGGACCAAGUGCUUUUGACCCAGGCAGAGAAAGAGCGUCUGGCCGAGCUCCUCCGAGAGAUAGACGAAGAGGGAGAGGACAGUACCAGAGGUGCAGACAGCGAGGAGGACGUGUGGGCUACAACAGACCAGGGUUACACCCCGGAGCCCUCUGACCUGGAGCAGCUGAUUUACAUUGACUCCAAAAUUCGCUUUCUCCUUCCUGAUGAAGAAUUCCUCUCAGUGCAAAGCUCAUAUACAAACCUUAGCAGGUCCCAGGACAAGACGAUCUAUUUGAAGAUGUCACUUGGGGCAAAAAGUAAAUAAUCUUAGUUGCAGCCCUAGCAGAAUGAUCCACUGCAGAAGGAUAACUCGAUCACUACAAGAUUUAAUUUCAAUCAAUUCCACUGAGAAUUGAUUGAGCCUAACCAGAUGCGUCCAUGAUCAGUAGAUGAACUGGGGGGAGUGUUUGGGUAAAGACAUUACUUACUGCUUCUUGAAACCCCCAAAUUUCAUUCAACUAAUAUUUAAACCAGUGGUAAUGGCUGAAUUUGUGCUUAAGGUGAAUAAGUAUUAUACUGCCAUUCCUCAAUAAUUGUUACUGUUGCCUUGAGGACUCUUUUUCAGAAUAAGACAAUCCUCCCUCAGACUCUCCCCAUAUGAUGUAGAGUAGUUUUUUGGCCAAUGGUACGAAACUGUGAUAAUACUGGGCAGCUGGAUGUGUUUCUUUAUGUAACCUAUUUUCCCUCCCUUCCCACCCUUUAAUCAUCUUGCGUGGUUAAAUGAAUAUUUGGGAAAGUGAAAUUCCCCAUCUUCCAUCCAUCUUCUGCUCUCCAUUAGUGCUGAAAUGGCUAAAGCUGGCAUUCCUUUUCAAAUGAUGUUAAAUAUGAAUUUAACGAUGACACAAAUUAUUUGUCUCUCAACUAAGUACUUGCAGAUGAUUCACCCUCAGACUGCAAACAUGACAAAUAAACCUUUUUUUGUUA